AUAAGUUCUCAAAACUUACUGCAGAACAUGGCCUUAAAAGAAAAAUAAAUAAUUCCGAGUGUUUAUAAUUACCACCUUAAUAAAAUCGUAUCAGCCGUAUUCUUGUUCAAACUAACUUCUGCCCGGUACCAGUGCGGCUCCAGAUUCGUGCAAAGGAAGGACAAAUUCAUGAACAUCGAGUUAUGACCAUAGCACAAUGGGGUGGCGCGUAGCUCUUUGCAUGCUGGCAGCAGUCCAGCUCAGCUCCCAGUACCUAUUGCCCGGUGACGUCAUACCUUCGCACUACGACGUGCGUCUCGCGUACGACGUGGAUCCCAAGUCAAACUUUAGCUUCUUCGGUGUUGUUGAUAUUCAGUUAAUAGCAAAGAGGAGCACGCAGGAAAUUAUCCUUCACGCUCAAGAAUUCCUAGUGGACGACGAGAAGGUAUCCAUUGUAGGUCUAAAGGAUGCACCGAAAGUGACGGACGUCAAACUUAACGACACGUUUAAUUUCUUGACGAUAACACUCGACCGGGACUUGGAUGAAAAUGAAAAUUACACGCUUACGAUACCGUUUUACGGUAACUUGGUCAAAGGCUUGGACGGAGCGUACAUCAGCUCGUACACAAAUCUGAAAAACCGUCGGAUCGAGUACUUGGUGUCGACCCAAUUCGAGGCUACAUCAGCUCGGAAAGGCUUCCCGUGUUUCGACGAGCCCAUCUACAAGGCGACGUUCGCUAUCAACAUCGCCCACCACAAGGACUACUCCGCUGUAUCGAACAUGCCGUUACUCACUUCCUCCAAUAACAAUGCUAUGGAAGCUUAUUGGCCAUGGGAGAAAAUCGGGCAGAAAUUUAUGAAAGAGCAAUCGAGCUUCGUUUGGGAUCAGUUCGAUAAGUCGGUACCGAUGUCAACUUACCUGGUCGCUUACGUAGUGUCCAAGUUCACCUACGUGGAGAGUCCGCCGGACCUCUCCCGCACCAAAUUCAGGAUAUGGGCUAGGAACGAUGCUAUUGAUCAGACGUCCUACGCUGCAAAAAUCGGUCCGCAAGUCCUGUCUUACUUCGAGAAGUGGUUCAACGUUUCCUUCCCCCUCCCGAAACAGGACAUGUUUGCUAUCCCAGACUUCGCGGCUGGAGCCAUGGAGAACUGGGGACUCAUCACCUACAGGGAAACAGCUCUGUUGUAUGAUAAGGACGCGUCAUCCUUCGUGAACAAGGAGAGGAUUGCUGAGGUGGUGGCGCACGAGCUGGCGCACCAGUGGUUCGGCAACCUGGUGACCAUGAAGUGGUGGUCGGACCUGUGGCUCAACGAGGGCUUCGCGACGUACGUGGCGUCGGUGGGCGUGAACGCCGUGGAGCCCACGUGGCACGCCGACCGCCUGUACGCCGUCGACAACACGCUGGCCGUGCUGGCGCUCGACGCGCUGCAGUCCUCGCACCCGGUGUCCGUCCCCAUCGACGAUCCGAAGCGUAUCUCCGAGAUCUUCGACACCAUCUCGUACCGUAAGGGUUCCACGGUCAUCCGAAUGAUGUUCAUGUUCCUCGGCGAAGAAGUGUUCAGACAGGCACUGCACAACUACCUGACGAAGUACUCGUACUCCAACGCGGAGCAAGACGACCUCUGGUCGGAGCUGACGGCCGUCAACCGACAGUACGGCGGACUGAGCAGGAACGUGACCGUCAAACAGGUCAUGGACACCUGGACCAAGCAGACCGGCUACCCGCUGCUGACCGUCACCAGGGACUACAGCGACCAGUCGGUGACCAUCACUCAGCGGCGCUACACGGCGCUGGGCGGCGGCGGCGCGGGCGCGUGGUGGGUGCCGCUGAGCGUGCUGUGUGCGCGGGACGCCGCGCCCCCGCCCGUGCAGUGGCUGGCGCGGGAGGAGGGGGUGGCCGCCGAGCACCGGUUCGAGCACGGCGCCGGGCCCGGCGACUGGCUGCUCUUCAACUAUAACAUGAUCGCCCCGUACCGCGUGAACUACGACGAGCGCAACUGGAAGCUGCUGUCGGCCACGCUGACGAGCGGCGACCUGGACAGCAUCCCCGUGGAGGGUCGGGUGCAGCUGCUGACGGACGCCUUCGCGCUCGCCUGGAACAACGAGCUGGACUACGGCACCACCAUGCAACUGGCGAGCUACCUGCGGCGCGAGGCGGACUUCCUGCCGCUGAGCACGGGCCUGAGCGCGCUCGCCAAGAUCGAGAACGUGCUCAAGCGCUCCCCCGAGUACGGCGCCUUCCAGAAGUUCGUGCGCCGCCUGCUCGCCGACACGUACCGGCGCGUGGGGGGGCUCGCCGUCAAGAAGAUCCUCAACGGGGACGACUUGACCAGCGUCAAGAUGCAGACGACGACGAGUGCGUGGGCGUGCAGCGUGAAGGUGCCGGGCUGCGAGGAGAACGCCAUCGAGAUGUUCCAGCAGUGGAUGGACACCGACAACCCCGACGAGAACAACCCCAUCCCGGCGGACCUGCGGCGCACGGUGUACUGCGUGGCGCUGCGGCGCGGCGGCGUGCGCGAGUGGCGCUGGGCGCUGGCGCGGCGCGGCGCCGCCAACGUGGCCGCGGCCGCCGACGCGCUGCUGGCGGCGCUGGCGUGCUCGCGCGACGUGUGGCUGCUGGCGCAGUACCUGGCGUGGGCCGUGGACGGGGCGGCGCAGGUGCGGCGCCAGGACGCCGGCGCCGCGCUGGCCGCCGUGGCGCGCUCCGAGGUCGGCUACUACGUGGCGCGCGACUUCGUCUACGCCCGCAUCCGCGACGUCCACGCCGCUUUCCGCGGUCAAGAACGUCGGAUUGGUGGUAUUAUAAAAACGUUGCUCGGACAGUUCACCACUCAGAAGGAACUCGAUGAAUUCUUAGCGUGGAAAGAGAAGAAUGAGAAGUACCUCUCCGGAUCGAAGCUGGCCAUCUCGCAGGGCAUCGAGAUCGCGCGGGUCAACAUCGACUGGCUCCGGAAGAACAAGGACUUGGUCGUCGAAAAGCUGAGGGAGUACUCCGCGUAAGAUUUCAGUCAUCAAUAUAGGGGGUACGAGUAGUGUGGAGUAGUUUUGUGGAUAACUACUAAAGUACACUUCUAGUUUGUAGGUGAUGAUUUCGAAAUUAGAAAGAUUUUUUGAAGAGAAUUAUCUAGCAAUUAUUAAUUGAACUCGGCCGUAGAACUGCUUACACGCUAAACCUUAAUGUAAUAAUAAACGUACUUAACUAAAGAUAUUUUGUAUGGACGAUAGAAAUGUAUAAUUAUUGUAAUUUAAAUCGUUACUUAGUUUAUUUAUAUGACAGUUGUAAUGACAGUAUGAAAAGACGUUAUUUUUUUUAAUAUUUUGUUCGUGUGAAAAAUCUUUAUUUCGUUGUAUGUCCGAAUUUAUGUAAUGUUUGAUGUACUGUAUUGUCUUAUAAGUAAAUAAUAAGCUUUGUUAGGCUUUAUAUGAAUAGUGCUUUUGUGUUAAUUAUUUAGUUUGGCAAUUAUAGAUUGUGUUAAUAAUAACAGUGUUACCAGGUGCAAAUCAUUAUAAUAUAUUUUUAUGGUAGUAUAUCCCUCAGGACAUAAUAUUUUUUUAAGAAAAAUUGGAUAAAGACUUGUCUAAAUCUACGUUAGAAUUUUUUAGUAUGUGUAAUGUGUUGAGAGAUAGGAGUCAAGUGGUUCCGUAAUGUUGCAAGUUUUGAAAAAUAUUUUUUUUUUUGUUAAUUUUUAUUUUCUUAGUUCCCCAACGUCGGCCAUUACUUCUUGGAAGGGAAGACCCAUGUUCUUGUACUCGGUUUACGCGAUACAUAACAUUACGCGAACAAAGUUGAAAAAACAAAGGGAAUCUGUUUGAAAAUACUGUGUAUGUAUGACGUCAUAGUGUUGGUUGAAAACAUUACUAAGAAUAUUUGUUUUUUAUAUUUAUAUUAUAGAUAAUUACAGACAGUUUUUUCUUAUUAAUUUAUUAUAUUACGAAAAAUCAUACCGUCCAUAGAUUUUAAUCUCAGACCAUAGAGUUACGAAUAUAUAGAAAUAGCAAAUUAGUGUCACAAAAGAUUUAUAUUUUGUAUGUUAUUAAGUGCCUUAACUGUAUACUUAUCGAAGUUCCAAACAUUACAUAAUCAGUUUUCUAGAAUGUUUGAAGUAAUUUAACAGAAAAAAAUGUUUUGCUAUCAGUUUUAUGUAGCGCUAUAUUAAUAGUGUGAAUAUAUUAGGACGUACAAAAAAAUAAUCAAGAAUUACAUCACUUCACCCUUGAGACAAAGUCCAAGAUGUUCUCACCAAUAUGGUAAAGUCUUGACCAUGCGUGAGGCGACCCAGGUCUCUUGACUCAUAGGGGAGGGGAUAUCAUCAGAACCCUGACCCGACCGCUUGUUAUUAAGACGGAGCUGGUAAAUUCGCGUACUGAUAGCAGAAUAAUUUUAAAAACUCACUUAUAAAGCUUGACACACAAAAGCUCUAUUAUUGAAUGCAGUUCUGAUCGAAAUUAUGUUUGUAAGUCUACAGUUAAUAUUACAUGCUGUUUUAUAUAAGAACGUUAUGAGUCGUUGAUAUUUGUAUAGAUAACUUUCCAGUGACAGACUCGGCGGCAGAUUUUCACUAUAAUUGUUUGUGUAUUUUUUUUAACCUUUUACGGCAGUAUUUUAAAGCACUCGUUGAUGUCACAAAUAAAGAUAAUUAUAUUUUUA